CGAAAUUUUAUUCUCUUCGUCGCCACUCAGUACGAACGGUUUCAGUGGGUUUCGUCUUCGUACUCUCCCACUUGGCACAGAGAUUCUGAUCGAACGCCAUGGAUUCGAGUGUCGUGCAUCUAGCCAUGGCGGCUCUCUUCGGAGCUUCCUUCGUCGCCGUCUCGGCGUAUUUCAUGCACCGGAAGACUCUCAACCAGUUGCUUGAGUUCGCCAAGGCGAUGGAGAGGGAGAGAGAAAGGCAGAGGGAGAGGGAGUUCUCCGGAGGAGACUCACCGCAGCAACACCUGAAGAAGCGGCGGAGCAAUGGCCGGAGGAUGUCGAACGGUUACUACCGCCGCGGCUCGGCGUCGCUUCCCGAUGUCACAGACUUUUCCGGUGGAAUCGACGGCGGCGGAGGAGGAGGACGAGACGAAGAGAAGCGCGCCAACGGUCACUUCAUCGACGACGGAAUCCCGCCUGGGUUGCCGAAGCUUCACACUCCAUCUGAAGGCGCGGGGAGAUCUUCUGUACUCGCGACUUCUACCAGGAAAUCUGGAAAUCUUAUCAGACCCAUUUCUCCAAAAUCUCCUGUUCCUAGUGCCAGUGCUUUCGAGAGCGUGGAAGAAUCAGACGAUGAAGAUAAUAUGACAGACACCGAUGCUCAGGAUGCUUCGUACUUGCUUGCCGAUGGGGAUGCUACUGCAAAUGACAACGGAGAACAAAUAACCAUGGCGGCUUCAAGCAUUAUUCGUUCCCACAGUGUGUCAGGUGACUUGCAUGGAGUUCAACCUGAUCCUAUAGCAGCUGACAUUCUGCGUAAAGAGCCGGAGCAAGAAACCUUUGUCCGCCUUAACAUUUCUCCUAUGGAGGUGCCAACUCCCGAUGAAGUUGAAUCCUAUAGAUGUAUUCAAGAAUGCCUUGAGCUGCGGAAAAGGUAUGUAUUUGGAGAAGCAGUUGCUCCAUGGGAAAAAGAAGUCAUAUCUGAUCCCAGUACCCCUAAACCCAAUCUGGAGCCAUUCACGUACACUCCGCAGGGGAAAUCUAAUCAUUAUUUUGAGAUGCAAGAUGGUGUCGUCCAAGUGUUUGCAAAUAAAGAUGCAAAAGAAGAGCUCUUCCCAGUGGCUGAUGCAACAACAUUUUUCACCGACUUGCAUCUUAUACUUAAGGUCAUAGCCACUGGAAAUAUUCGAACUUUAUGCCACCGUCGUUUGGUGCUCCUAGAACAGAAAUUCAACCUUCAUUUAAUGCUUAAUGCGGACAAAGAAUUUCUGGCUCAGAAAAGUGCACCACAUCGUGACUUUUAUAACGUCAGGAAGGUUGACACUCAUGUUCAUCAUUCAGCCUGCAUGAACCAGAAACACCUUUUAAGGUUUAUCAAGUCAAAGCUCAGGAAAGAGCCCGAUGAGGUUGUAAUAUUUCGAGAUGGGACAUAUUUGACCUUGAAAGAAGUUUUUGAGAGCUUGGAUCUGACUGGGUAUGAUCUGAACGUCGAUCUUUUGGAUGUUCAUGCAGACAAGAGUACCUUUCAUCGUUUUGACAAGUUCAAUCUUAAGUAUAAUCCUUGUGGUCAAAGUAGGCUAAGGGAGAUUUUCCUUAAACAGGAUAAUCUCAUCCAAGGCCGCUUUCUCGGUGAGAUAACAAAGCAAGUCUUUUCAGACCUUGAAGCUAGUAAAUAUCAGAUGGCUGAAUACAGAAUAUCUAUAUACGGCAGAAAAAUGAGUGAAUGGGAUCAACUGGCUAGUUGGAUUGUGAACAAUGAUUUAUACAGCGAGAAUGUUGUUUGGUUAAUUCAGCUUCCACGUCUGUACAAUGUGUACAAGGAGAUGGGUAUAGUGACAUCUUUUCAAAACAUCAUUGACAAUAUAUUCAUUCCGCUAUUUGAAGUUACAGUGGAUCCCGAUUCGCAUCCCCAGCUCCAUGUUUUCUUGAAUCAGGUGGUUGGGUUCGACCUGGUGGAUGAUGAAAGCAAACCAGAAAGACGUCCCACAAAACACAUGCCCACUCCAUCACAGUGGACUAACGCAUUCAACCCUGCAUUUUCGUACUAUUUGUAUUAUUGUUAUGCUAACCUCUAUGUGCUAAACAAGUUUCGCGAGUCAAAGGGCCUGACUACCAUCAAGCUACGACCUCAUUCUGGGGAGGCUGGGGAUAUCGACCACCUUGCUGCUACAUUUCUCACCUGCCAUAAUAUUGCUCAUGGAAUUAAUCUGCGGAAAUCUCCGGUGCUUCAGUAUCUCUACUACCUGGCACAGAUCGGUCUGGCGAUGUCUCCUCUGAGCAACAACUCUUUGUUUCUGGAUUACCAUCGAAACCCAUUUCCCAUGUUUUUCCUAAGAGGUCUCAAUGUUUCCCUCUCUACCGACGACCCUCUCCAGAUUCACUUAACUAAAGAGCCUCUUGUGGAAGAAUACAGCAUCGCUGCCUCAGUCUGGAAGUUGAGUUCAUGUGAUCUGUGUGAGAUAGCUCGUAACUCGGUUUACCAGUCAGGUUUCUCACAUGCCCAGAAGUCACACUGGCUGGGAAAAGAUUAUUACAAAAGAGGACCAGACGGAAACGACGUUCACAAAACCAAUGUGCCUCACAUCAGGGUGGAAUUCCGUGACACGAUAUGGAGAUUGGAGAUGCAACAGGUUUAUCUAGGCAGAGCUCAUAUCCCUGAUGAAAUCAUCCCUUGAUUCACUCAAAAGCUAUUAGAGAUGAUGAUGAUGAGUUCAUACAUACGAACAAGCCGAAAUCAGAAGGUAAGUACCCAAAAACAUUCUCUCUUACUACAAAUCUUGUCUGAUUUCUUUAGCUCUAGUCUCUGGACGAUUUACACCAACAGGCCUUUAACAUAAGUUUUGCAGUGACAGCGGCAAUGAAUGAAUAAUGUCCCAUAUGGAUUUGCGCACACACUGAGAGAGUGAGAGUGUAGUUUUUUUUAUGGUAAUAAAAUGACUUUUUGUCCUGAGAGGGUGUAUUUAUCAUAUUCAAUUAAAUCUGCGGCUAAUAACCCAAACUGUGAUUCAGCCGAUAUUUAUAUACAAGUUUGUAGAACUGAUAGAGGACUAUGUUUGGUGAAAUUCCGUAUAUUUCGCAUUUUUCUUGCAACGUUA